CAAAAAAAAGAUGGCAUCGAAUGCCGACUGCUGUCCUUCGAAUUUAUUGCAAAAAUGGCGUAUUAUGUGAUAUUUUCACAUAAUAUAAUAAUUUUAAGUGAAAAAUUGUGUAGUGCUACUUUGUGAUGGUGUGUUGUUUUACAUGAAUGACAGUGCAGUAGUGUGUAAAUAGGACUGCAACUACUGGAUAUUGGAUUACACAUAAAAAAGUCAAGAUGGUGGUGGGCGAAAAUAAAUGCACCGCCAAUAUCAUGGACGGCAUAGAGAACACAGGCGAUGUGCGGCUACAUGACCACCGGUUGCGACUCAAACAAAGAUUUGACAUAGUCAGGAAAUUAGGACAGGGCACAUAUGGUAAGGUACAACUUGGUAUUAAUAAAAAGACUGGACAAGAAGUGGCCAUAAAGACAAUUAAAAAAUGCAAGAUCGAGUCGGAAGCAGAUCUCAUUCGCAUCAGGCGAGAAGUGCAGAUUAUGUCCUCAGUCAGGCAUCCUAAUAUUGUACAUAUAUAUGAAGUAUUCGAAAACAGCGAAAAAAUGAUUCUAGUUAUGGAAUACUGUUCGGGUGGGGAAUUGUAUGAUUAUCUUAGUCAGAAAAAAGUAUUACAAGAAGAUGAAGCUAGAAGAUUAUUCCGACAAAUCGCAACCGCUGUUUAUUACUGCCAUAUACAUAAAAUUUGCCAUAGAGAUUUAAAGUUGGAGAAUGUAUUACUUGACGACACGGGGAGUGCCAAGAUCGCAGAUUUUGGCUUAUCGAAUGUUUUUAAAGAGACGUCUUUGCUAUCUACAUUUUGUGGUUCGCCGUUAUAUGCGUCACCAGAAAUCGUAAAAGGAACACCAUAUAUAGGUCCAGAGGUGGAUUGUUGGUCGUUGGGUGUGCUACUGUAUACCUUAGUCUAUGGAGCCAUGCCGUUCGACGGCUCAAACUUCAAGCGAUUGGUCAGACAGAUCAGCAAUGGCGAUUACUAUGAGCCAAAAAGCCCAUCAACUGCGUCACCUUUAAUUCGAGAUAUGCUAACAGUGGAUCCGCUAAAGCGUGCUGACAUCGCAUAUAUCUGCGACCAUCCUUGGGUGAACACGGGAUGCGGCGCGUCGUGUCUGGAAGUUGCGGAGGCUCUGGCGGCCGAGACACCCGUGCGACUCGACCUACUGCUGUCUCUCGCGCCCGCCGCGCCCUCUAACUCCAACUCCGUCGUGGUGCCAGCAGAGACUCCACUAGGUCCCGAGGAGAGCUGCACUGACCUCACAAGCUCCACUUCGAUGGCAGUUGAACCCAGCAACUCGGCCGAAAAGAGGAUCCUCGAAUUAGUUGCAGAGGGUGGUGAAGACGCGAUAAAACCAUCGCCAACUCGUACGAUAGUGACUGCAAGCGACAACAAGAGGAAAUUAGAACUAGCCAUGUCUGCUAGCGGCUUGCAGAGAAAGAAGGAAAGGGUGGCCAGUACCGCAAGUAUGGGCCCGGCACCGCCCGCAGUGCCGGAAGAGUCUGCGGGAGAUGCCUCGCCACCAACACCCCCAGUCGCUGCCGAAGCGCCAACUCUAAAGUCUUCGGCUACAAUUACUAUUCAGCCAGCGGCAACGGAAAUCGUAAAAGAUCUCACGAAGGAAAUUGUCAAGCCGCCACCAAAGGAGGAAGUUAAAGAGAAGCCCGUCAAAACGAAGGUUACGGUCAAGAAGAAAGUGCCUAAAGCGUCCGAGGAGAAAGCGGUGCCUGCUAAGAAGGAAGAACCCAAACAAGAAGAGGCUAAAGCAAGUUCAGUAGCGGCCACAACGGACAAGAUGACAUCGUUAUCGCUCGCACAGUCGCCGCCCGCCACACCUGCGCCGGCCCCCGUCGCCACACCCGCCACAGCCGCCACUACCGCCGCCGACGCCACCACCACCUCCACCACCACCACCACCAACACCGCCGCUCCUUUCUCCGCUCCCGCCCCAACUACCACUCCUGCACCCGCUGCCGCCCCCACGGCAUCACCGGCCAAGCCGAAGAAAUUGUCUAUACCAGGAGGAAAUGUUGGCAAUUUCAAAGAUCAGUUCGAGAGACGAGCUUCACUGACUGCCGCUCCGGAACCAAAACGCACUGUAUCUAAACCAGUGUUGUCAAAGAUCGCGAAACCUAAAGCUCAGAGCGAGGACCGCGAGCUGACGACGAAGAAUUCUGACAACGGCACCGUACGGUUGCAGCAGAUAGGCAUCGAGCCAUCGCCACAAAGCCCGUCGGAGGAAGUCGGUCUGGGUGGCAAUGGUACCGGCCGUGGUGUGAAGAAGGCUGACAGCGAGCCGUCGCACUCUUCCGCUCCACAAGACCCCGGCGUGCUGCUGCAGGAUGCCAGAAGAAGUCUACAAAAUUCGAUGGCGAAGUUAGCAGAGGAGAAAGCUGGUGAAGAGAACCGCAGACGGGCUGCGCGGGACAUCAUAUCAUCAGCUAUACGUACUGGCAAACCACCGGUGCCAUACGGGCGUUCGUCGUCGGCGGGCGUGGCCUCACUCAUAUCGGCUACCUCGCCCCCCACGCCCCCCGCGCCCGCACCAGCGCCGUCGCGUGUAUUCCGUACCGAAGCCCAACACCGUGUUGAAGAUCAUCGUCCAAGGGGUGUGUCUGUGGAGCGAAUCAUACCGAUCCGCGUGGCACCCGAGGACGGGCCGAUGUCGCCUCAGCCGCAGCCGCAGUCGCCGGCGACACCGGCGACACCGGCGACACCAGCACCAGCGGCAGUACCCGCCGCCCCCAGGCUCUCGCAAACACCACUCAGACGGCUGGUGUCGUCGGAGUCGAGCGCGAGCGAGGCGUGCACGAGCCCCGGCGAGCCCAUCAAGAAGUCCGCGCGCGAGUUCAUCAUCCCGAUCGCGGUGGAGGGCAAGGGGUUCGUGACGCCGCGCCAGCGCAGCCUCGAGCCAGACGCCGCGCCCGCGCACGCCUCGCUCUCCUCGCUCUCCUCGCUCUCCUCGCUCGGCAGGAUGCAGCGGACACCCAAGCCCAGAAGGAUCAGCAGCCUAGUCAGUGGUGGAGAGUCCGAAGAAGAAGACGAUACUCAUAUGCACCGAUUGAGAUCCUCGCGCGCCGCUCGCGCCGAGUCGGUGAGCUCUGGAGAAGAAGACGAGGAGGAUGAAGGGUUCCACAUACUCACUGCUGAGAAUCUUUUCUCAACACUACUCCAUAGGGUGCGAGCAUUAACGAACCGCCUUAACGGCGAAGAAGGCCCCGGAUUCCCGCAACACCCGCAUUCGCUCUUUAACAAUCUACAGUCACCGUUCUUUAACAGCCCUCACUUACCAAGGAGACACCUCUUACGCGACGGGUGGGGCUCCCGCGAACGCGACUUCGACUCGAUGUUCGGGCGACAGCCGCUGCCUCGAGGUAAUAUUAAGAAAUCCGGUAAGCACCACACGCGGGCUCCACAAAGCGUCGAAUCGAACGUAGAAAGCGGAUUAGAUCUGUCCGACUUGGACCUGAGCUCGAUACAGUUUUCGGAGAAGGAAAUGCGAGCGCUGUCCGGCCUCACGCCGGCGCUGUCGCGGCGCCUGCAGCAGCAGCUGCUCGCGCACCUGCCGCCCGCCGCCGCCCGCUCGCUGCGCCGCACGCUCUCGCUGCACGCGUCCGGCUCGUCCGGCCCGUCCGGCCCGUCCGGCGCGUCCGACUCGUCCGACGCGAUCCACCCGCCGCGCGGUCCGGACGCCGGCGACACACAUUCGGCUCCCACCUCCAACGACCCUUCCGCUAAAGUAGAAACAGAGAAUGCGAUAUACGAGUUGCCCGCUUCCCAGUAUUGUACCUUACCACGAUUGAAGCGAUCGACGGCGCCACCUAGAGAAGUGGCGGCGCCAUCUAAAGUAGCAAUGGCGCCACCUAGAGAAGCGACUGUGUCACCUAGAGAAGCGACUGCAUCAUCUAGAGAUUCGACGGUGACACCUAGAGAAACGACGCCGCCGGCACCGGAGUCACAAGUGCGGGAAACGAGUCAGUCGCCCGGCAACGUCCGUACUACUCCGGACCGGCCGCUGCUCAGCAAGUACCUGAUACCCGAGCGGGCGCUGUCGCUUGACGACUCGUACUCAUCGGACGGUAGCAGUAUCAUAUCGGAGCCGAGCUACGUCGCCGCUUACGGCUCUGGACUCGGUUUUAGGCGCCACUCGAUGAAGUUAGCCGGCGACCAACCUAGAAAACGUAUAUCGAGAUUUCUUCGUCCAGACUUCUUUGACACUCCUCCGGAUGACAACGUAUAUGUCAAACAUAAAAAAGAAAAAGAAUUGGAAACACAAAAAAUUCUGAAGGAGAUCAGAGAAAAGAAGAAUAAAUCGUUUGAUUCCUCGUCCACACUAAAAAGCCCGACGGAUAGUUGCGACAGUCAAUAUACGUUCAAAGAUGACGCAAUAUAUCCCCGUAAAUGUCUCUCGCCGAUUUCUGUAUUAACAGCAAAAGAACGCAGCAGAUCUAAUACACCGUUCUUUCCCAGCUUAGACAACAUAAAAGAAAGUGCCAUAGAUAGUACCUCGCUUUUGAGGAAUGUUCCAACAAAACCAUUUAAAGAAUUUACCGAUUCAAAACAGAAUUCACGAUUAGAUGAAAACAGUUUAAGUAAAGACUCGAGAUUAGCCAGACCAAAGAGUUAUCCAGUUAAAAAUUUAGAAUCAAUUGAAGAACCAAUACAAAAUGCCUCUACUGAAUGUUCUGUAAACAUAGAAAAUGAAAGUAAAGAAAAAAUUUCGCAAAAAGAAUCUAAAUUAAUAAGGCCCAAGAGUUAUCCAACUAGUAGCCCAUCGCCAGAGAAGGUACAGAUAAAUCGAAACGUCAAAAAACAAGACAGUUUAAAUAGUAAUCACAAAGAAGUUGCGAGCCAGGAACUUAAAAAUGACGUGGAAGUCAGUUUUAGUAUUACUUUGCCCAAGCCGAAAACCCAAAAACCCGAACCUGUAAUGAAAUCAGAUUCAUUAAACAAUAGUGAUUUCAUAGAUCAAAAUGUAAACAGAAAAGUAGAUGAUGGGGAUAUAAGUGAUAGUGUACUUCUUAAAAAAUACAAGGUAAUUACAAAUGUCGAUGCUGAUAAAGCCGAAAUAGAUCAAGAAAUGAACAAGAAAGUAAAUGAAGCAGCUGGAACAAAUAACAAUAUGUCUAAUGUAGAUACUAAAAUUACGAGUAAUACAUCUAAAAAAGAAGACGAAAAAUUAAAACCCUUAGAAUCUGAAUCAUCCAUUGAAAAGAAGGGUACUAUAAAGAAAAAAAUAAUAAGAAAGGUUUCUUCUAAGUCAAAGGCUGACUUAGGAAGCCAAAACAUCAGUGAAACUAAAAGUUCUACUGAAAAGAAAAAAGUCACAAAAAAAGUGAAAGAGAAAACAUCUGAAGAUGGAGCUAAACCUACUGUCACAAAAAAGAAAUCUGUUUUACAGUCUAUAGGUCAAAAGUUAGAAAAAUUUGCGUCUACUAAAUCGGCCUCGCCUGAAAAAUUAAUAGACAAUAAUGACGUUGCGAGUGAUCUGAAGAAAAGUAUUACGAAGGAAAACAGAGUGCAAAGAGAACAUUCUGUACCCGUCAAUGUAGAACCUCCUACCGAGUCAAAUCUUAUUAAAAGAGCCGUUACUUUAACUGACGUUGCGGCACUAGAUACGCAAAAUACGAAUCUCGGAAAGACUACAGUUUCUAAAGUUUUAGGUUUAUUUAAAAAAUUCGAGCCAAAAGAGAAAGCUAAACCGGUUGUCGAAAGAUCCCAGUCUGAUAAUCUUGAAGAUAGUAAGGAUAUCACUAACAAAAAUGGCAAUAAUGUAGACUCUGUUUCAGAAACACUAGACAAUGAUAAACCCAAAAGACCAACUUCCUUACUUUUGAAUGGUUUAGGACGCAAAAACAAAUAUGGAAGGACUGCAAGUGAUAGUAUAUCAGCUGAUAAUGCAGAACAAACUGUACUUAAAAAAGAAAGUGAACCCAGGAAUUUAAGAAAUACUUUAAAAUUAGAUUUCUCCAGACUGCCAAGAGUGAAAAAAAUUGUUCCUACUAAUUCUGUGAUAGAACCGCAGUAUAUAAACGUUUCUUCCGACGAUAAGGACACCAAUAAAAUAGAUAACUUAGAUAAAAAUGGUACGGUUCCACAGAGAGACGCAUGUCCUGAUAUUAUAGAUCUCGAAAGUCGCAGUCGAUCUAGAAGUAGGUCAACUAUCUCGAAUUCUGAGCUGAAGUCUGACAAUAGUGGUGAUUAUAAGAAUAGUGAUUACAAAAAUCCUAUAUCGCCUUCUGACAGUAACGGUCAUCAGUCUACGCGAAAUCACGAAUCGUUAACAACUGAAAAGGAAGAUAUUGUUGAUAGAAUACGGCGAAAAAGUUUUUAUUCCAGAUUUAACGAAAAGAAACAACGCCGAAAAAGUAAUCUAGUAGGUCCUGGAGCUAUCGAGUACGAUCCGGUAGCUAGGAUUCAUUCGCCACCCACAGAGACAACAAUAUACGAUGGCUCACCUAACUCUCCUGGAACUUAUGAUUUAUCACCUGCAUUUUCCAUCGCAUCAGAUAUAUCCCCAUCCACUGAACGCUAUAGAUCUCUUAUAACAGACUUACCUGUUAAUCCUAGGAGUACACUGAGAUACGACAAUUAUGGAAUAAAUGAUAAGAUUGAUACAUACCGAUCUCUCGACAGAAGCGACUUCAAAAAGUAUCCAGGAACAAGAAGCUACUUAGAUUACGAUCAACCUUCAUCUUAUGGCGCGCAUAGAUAUUCUAGAACAAAAUCGCUAUUAGAUAGUACUGACGGCUCUGAAGAUUCUACACUAGGAAUUAUAAGGGACUCACAAAAAUACAAUAGAACUUUAUCUAUGUAUUCCCCUGGUAAUUAUGCCACCUAUCGACCAAAAAGAACGAGAAAUUCAGCUAUCAUAUUAAAGGAAAGCGAAAAAGAGCCUAGUCCAGAAAAUAUCUUAGACAAAAUAAGGCAAAGAAAAAAGAUUUCAAUCAGCGUGACUAGAAAGCCAGAUACUGAGAAGGACUCAUUAUCAAGAUCCCAUAUCUCAUCUAAAGGCGAAGGCGACGGUGCAGAAUGCGCUGAGAAAGUUGACUGAGAGGAACUACUGAUGUAUUGGUCGUCAUUUUGAAGAAAUCGUUUGUGAUUUAUUUAAGCAUUUGUUAUUCAAAACAUUUUUGCCACACAGUGUUUACUAGUUUAGCUGAUGGACAGGACCUCGAAUAUGCUUCCACUAUGUUUAGAAACCUACGCAACUUUUAGAUUCUCUAAUAAGAUUUAGAUCUGAGCGAGGCUGUAUAGACAAAUUCUUGCCAAAUAGUAGUUCUCUAUGUUUAAUAAAUAUAAUUAAAUGUUAGCUAAAUAUCAUUCAUAAAUGGCAGAACUUUCAUAAGACUGUCUUUAGUGACAAACGUAGAUACUACAAGAAUGAAUCUCCGUCGAAAUUACGUACUAGAGUUAUUGGAAAAAUAUUGUAAUGGCUUAUAAUAUAGACUACAGAGAGCAAAUGUAAUAAUAGUACCGAUUUACAGAUUCCUAAAAUUAUAAAAAUAAGAAUUUAAAUCAUAUUAAUUUCUAUAUUCCUUUGUUAGCUUUGUUUAAAAUUGCAGUGGCUGCAACAUAUUUUCGACAGCCUAAGGCUGAAUGAAGUUACUAGAAUGAUAUAUAAAUACCGAUUAAUAAAAUAAAAAUAUAUUAUAUUUCAUAAAGAACAGAUUUUCUUUGUUAAUCGUUUAUUGUAAAUUGAUUCUUACGUGCCUUUAUAAAAUAUAAGUGACUGGAUUUGAUAUUAGUCCAUUUUAUUUAAAUAAAUAAAAUGACACGAUUUUAUGUGUGUGUUUGCACAAAUAUGUUUUACUCAAUAUAAUUAAUAUUAAUUUUUUAUAGUUUUUAUCAAUUUACAUUUUAUUUAUGCGACCCUAAGUCAAGUUUAAGUUUAAAUGUUUAUCAUAAUCAUAUAGUAUUGAUGCUAAGUCACAUCGGUUAUCGAAUAGAAUGGUGCUUAGACGAUUUCGUUAGGUGUAACUUGUAUUUAUAGAUUGAACGUAUUAUAAUUUCUUACGCAAACGCGUGUCAUUUAGCAACGGUUUUGAGUAUGUAUUAUGUUUUGUAGAUCUGUGUAACAAGAUCGUCAUCCGAGCAAAUAGUAUUAUAUACCAGUUGAUAUAUUUAUGUUCGUUGCUAUAACUCACUUCACAUAUUUUUCAAAUAAAUUGACUGCGAUUUAAUAUUGCAAAAGCAAUAAUUUUACAUCUGAUUGACAUAUUCUACAUCUCGAUCUAUUUAUUUUUUCUAGAAUUGAAAUUAUUUAUUGGUGUGUAGCGAGUUUUAAUAUUUUUCUUAUUAGUUACUGUAAAUGUGAUUGCGCAGCAUCUGUGAUUAUUUGAUUAAUAUUAAAAUUACGAUCACACAUGUUUUGUAUUGAAUGUGAAUAAAUUAUAUAGUUGAA